UGACAUGCACAAGCCGUAAAUGUGGCAUUAUAAAUAUCAAGUAAUACAACAAUAAUACAACUGAAAACAAUAUAAUUUUCAGAGCCUUUAGAUUUUAGCCAUGAACAUCCACAAGCUGUGGGAGUACAAGGAAUACGUGAACGUGAACGGGAUGAUGUUGACUAACGAGCUGAUAUCCAUCCUGCAGAACUCUCUGACCCUGUUGCAAGUCGAGAACCACUUCCUGCACGUGCAGUAUUGGGGCCAGCUGCAUGCAAUCGAUGGGGACUACCAUAUUGCCGUUGGCAUCAACAAAGACGCUCUUCUGGACAGGAAGUACUACUAUACCACCGAUUUCAAGUUCUGGGGCUUAUUACCCAAAGCAAAGAAGAAGUACAAACAUCUCUCUCUAUUAACGACGUACCCUUUUCGUGGCGACCCUUCCCUAAAGAUUAAAGUGUUAGACGAAGCUUUAGAAGAAAACAAUCCUGAUAGAUGCCAGAUUAUGAAGGAGGAAAACCGAAUCGCUGCAACGGUUAGCAACAUCUGUGAGGAAGCUGAAAUUUGUGCAAGAGGACAAAUCUUGAAGCAGCCGGACGGAACUGUAAUCAUCAACCCGAACUAUUAUGGAUUAACAGGUUCAGAAGCAAAACUUCUGAAGUCAUACCUCCAUAUACGCAUACCGCAACACCGUUGGAACACCAAUCUUUUAACUCGACAAGAUUACAACUAUAGUAUGGAUUUCUUGGACUCGAUUGACCAAGAUAUACCAAGUGGUUGUUGGAAUCUAUCCCUCGAGCAAAAUGGUAGUGUCGCUUAUUUAAAGAGUUUAUAUUGGCCUGGCAUGAUGUAUUUCCAUAAAGUCAGAACGCCGGAAGCUGGAUUUUUGUACGUCGGUAAUGGACGGAAAAAUUUAGAUGUACCUUUUCUACUUUAAUUGCUGUUUACCUACUGCUGACAAAAUAUAGAAUUCUUUAUUCAGA